GCCAACAAGACCAUGAGGACCACACUCAGCUGCCUUCUUCUGGGAUUUGUUAUUUGUCAAGGGAUUUGUCUUGGAUUUGCCGUUGUGCACAACGAUGAAAGAGGAUCAGGUGGUCCACGACAAUGGCGAUUAGAUGAAAUUUUGAAGCCUUAUGAUAUAGUUUAUGUGGAUGAUGAAGGCAGCACUACCAUUGACAAUGGCACAUCCGUAGACUGUGGUCCUAAUUCUGUUUCAUAUAAUAAAUCCAGCUGUGUCUGUGAAGAAGGAUACAGGGAAACGACAACUUUGGGAACCAAUCAAACCAGUUGUGAGAAAAUUCCCUACCACUGCCAACCAGAUAUUGUAAGACAAAAUGAUGGUCUAGGGGUGUGUUUCAAUGCAACAAAACCAGAGAAUUACUUCAGUCAUAACAACAGUUUAUACUGCUCAGUGGUAGGGACAGCCUUCAAUGCUUUUUUAUCCUUCUGUGAAAAUGGCAGUGUGAUACCAACUUCCUUGCAGGACACAGUGGGCUCCGUUGACAAACUUCUUGUCAGCAGUUCGCUACAGAGUAUUGAAACAAAUGAGGAGCGUGUAUCAGCUGUGACAUUGGUUUUGGACGGACUGGCCUCAGCUGCAGUUGCAAAAGCUAUUGCAUCUCCAGAACACCAAUCUCAGACUGUGGUUACUAACUCAAUAGUGAUCCAAACCCACAUAAUCAGUGAAGAGGUUAUUUCAAAAAAUGAAGCUCUGCAUUUAGAGGCUCAGGAAGACCAAAUGACCAUUGAUCCCAGAGCAGUGAUUGACAGGAUCACCCAAGGUCCUGUCGCUGUGGCCUUUAUGUCAUACAGUGGACUGGGAUCACUCCUGAGUGGGAUUCUUCUGCAGGAUGAGACUCAGCAGAGCAGGGGAAUUCUGGGAGAAAUCUUCCGCAUGAACUCCAGGAUGCUAAGCGUUUCCACCAGCCGCUGGAUGAGGAAUAUUUCCAGCCCUGUCAACCUCACCUUUUGUCACCUUGAGAAUAAAGUUCCCCAGGAAAAAGCGGUUUGUGUCCACUGGGACUCUGCAAGCAAAAGUGGUGCCUGGUCCCCUGAGGGCUGCCAGCUCCUCCAGUCUAACAGCACUCAUUCAGAAUGCAGCUGUCAGUACCUGUCCAACUUUGCUGUGCUGAUGGCCCCCACUCCCAAGCAGGGAGCUCUGAUCCUCUCCAUUAUCAGCUACAUUGGACUCAUCAUCUCGCUCAUCUGCCUCUUCCUGUCCAUUGUUACCUUUCUCUUUUGCCGCUCCGUCCAAAACAGCAGCACCUUCAUCCACCUGCAGCUGAGUUUGUGCCUCUUCUUUGCGGACCUCAUCUUCUUAAUCGGAAUUGACAAAACAUACAACAAGAUCCUGUGCUCGGUCAUAGCUGGGGCACUGCAGUACCUCUUCCUGGCCUGUUUUGUGUGGAUGUUCUUGGAAGGUGUGAACCUCUUCAUCAUCGUCAAGAACCUGAAAGUGGCAAAUUACGGCGGUACCAGCAAGUGCAUGAAGAUAUCCAUGUACCUCUGUGGCUAUGGGCUCCCUGCCAUGAUAGUUGGCAUUUCUGCAGCAAUUUCACCCGGGUCCUAUGGGACCCAUUAUCACUGCUGGCUUAACCAUGAGAAAGGUUUUAUCUGGAGCUUCCUGGGACCCGUCUGUGCCAUAAUCGUGAUCAACAUUAUGUUUUUCUGCCUUAUUCUGAUGAUCUUGCAUAAGAAACUUGCAUCUCUCAAUUCUGAGGUCACUACCCUCAGAAAUACCAGGUCACUGACAUUUAAGGCAAUGGCCCAUGUUUUCAUCCUUGGUGUGACUUGGUGUCUAGGCCUCUUUCAGUUUGGCACUCUGGCUGAGGUAAUGGCAUACCUGUUCACAAUCACCAACAGUGUGCAAGGAUUCUUCAUCUUCCUGGUGCAUUGCUUGCUGAACAAGAAGGUAAGAGAAACAUACGGGCGUUUGAUUUCUUGCAAGAAAGAUUUCAAGUUUCCUGCUUCUGACAUGACGAUGACUUCUGUCCCCAUCACCAAUCCCAUGAGGAAAGAGGAAAGCACUGCUUCAGGGAAUCAACAGAUGGUGGGAUGGGGGACAGAGCCAUAAUCAAAUACCAUGUUUUGGUCUCUUCCUUCUGCAUCAAAAAUACAACUGAAUGAAACUGGACGAACUACAGGAAUUUUUCAUAUCCAAGCAAUUAUUCCUUGUUUGGUUGCCUUCCAGCUUUUUAAGGUACCAGGAUUAAAAAAACCAUGGAAAUCCUCAUAUUCAAGACAUUUCCUAUUGCUAUUACGAUAUACUGUAGAUCUCAAACACUCCUGUUGCCCGUUGAAGUUUUAGGUAAUCGAUCAUGAUGAGCUUAACAAAGCAAUGGACAUUGAACAGAGGAGAAGACUCAUGGCUGUCACUGGGACUGCUUCAUAGUGCCUUGGCAACAGUACCCUAAUGGCAAUAACUACUUACUUUAGGUAGCACUGAUCAAGUCUGUACCUAUAUAUUCAUAUUCAUAUUCUGGCUGAGGCCUUUGAGGCAAAUUUUCCUUCGAAACCCAGGUUCUCACAAAUAUUUGGGAACAGAAGAAAAGCUCAGCUAAUAAUUUCACCUGCUGUCACUUGAGAUGAAAUAUGUAUACAUAUAUGCAUACAUACACAAAUACGAUGAUUCUUGA